GCCUGAUUGUCCACAUGCAGUCGGUGCUUUCACAUCUGUAGUCUCGGUGUUAGAAGCUCUAAUACUACAAAUGGCAGACAACGAGGAGAAAUCUUGCACUUUUAUAAAAGGUUAAGUAUUGCUUGAAUUUAUCACUUGAAAAGAUACGAUCUUGAUGUCGUUAAUGUCGUUAAACCAGUUUAAGAUGCCUCAAAGAGCUCUACUCUUCAGACAGUAUCGUAUUACCCGGGUUGCAUCCUCACGCGAUCACCUUAUUUUAGAUCAAGGAACAUUAGAUUUAGAAGAUCGAAUCCUGCUAUAUACAACUUUUCUAUGGGUGUUACGAAAACUAAGACCCUCGAAAACUAAGACCUAAGACCUAAGACCUGUCUUAGUUUUCGAGAUUACCAAAACUAAGACCCCCUAAAAUCGAAUCCGUCGAAAUAUAAAGUCAAAUGGAAACCGAAACAGGUCUGAUCUGUCAAAUUAUAUCAUGUUCGAUCCUUUCGGUUUCCACCGAGUUUUAGGUCAAAUUUAACGGUAAAUUUAGGGGUCUUAGUUUUCGUAAUUUGGAAAACUAAGACCCCUCUUAGUUUUCGUAAUCUCGAAAACUAAGACGGGUCUUAGGUCUUAGGUCUUAGUUUUUGAGGGUCUUAGUUUUCGUAACACCCACUUUUCUAUCUCAAAAUUGUGACAAAUGACCAGAUUGAAAGGGGGCCAACCUUGCAUUCUCGGGUAGCUCAGCUGUACUUACCUUCAAGUUAAUAAACUGACUGCUGAAGUCUCCUUUCCCGGUGCAUUUUAAGGCGGGAUGAAAACGAACAAAAUAAAGAGGGAAUCAUUAGAGAAAAAACUGAAAAAACAAACAAGUUAAAAGAAAUGCCACCAGCAAAAGAAUGACUACUGGCUCAAGGGGCAGGAGGGUGAUGGGGGUGGUGGGGGUCAAUGGCUGGGGCAGUGCAUGGGGGCUACUGAACAAAUUUACAUACAGAAGGGAGGGGUGUGCUUCUGCACUGAGUUUCACCAUGACCCUGAAUUGCAAGUUUAAAUAUGAUGAAUCCGUCAAUUCACCCUUGGUAAGGAUACUAGUUCGAGUGACACAUGCCUGUCAUUCCUUUUUUUCAGCUGGAAAUAUCAGUCAAUCACCUGACCAAUCUCACCACCAUCAUCAUCAUCAUCAUGAGCACAGUCAUGGAGCUAAUCAACAUGGACACACACAUGAAUUUAUGUCAAACCCAGGAAUAUGGUUGGAGAGAGACAAGUUAAUAAAUAGAGGAGACUGGAAGCAAGUAAGUUGCUCGCUGAAAAUACCCUGCAAGCCCUUAAAAUAAACUAACCUCUGAGAAAAAUAUUGGUCUAAUAAUAAAGUUGGCUCUAGGAGAAACUGGCCUUUAAUCUUCAGUGGUACUUUAAGAUGAACUGAACUUUAGAACUUGACAGGUGUGCAUGUCUUGGGGAGGGGAGGGGGCAGGGGUGUGAGGGAGGGAUGGGGCACAUGUUGCUCUUUUCUCUGAGCUAGAAUAACAAUAACUUUGUUGAUAGGCUUAAUUGUUACCGUUUGUCUCACAUGAUCAAUAGCAAAGUGACGAUCCUGAGACAAACAAUAAACCUGCUUAUCAUACCCAUACCAUGAUAUCUUUCAUCACAAAUAACUUUUUACUGAAAUGACCAAAAGAUUUCACCAAGUGGGGUUGGGGGUAGGGGGCUCCACAUGAUUCCAUACACUCACACUAAACAUGUCUCUAGCUAGGAUUGAAAUGUCUAGCAUUAUUUUUUAGGAAUUUUAGCUAGGAUGACUUUUAAAUUUUAUUUUUCAGAGGGCAUUCACUGUUGGCAUUGGAGGUCCAGUUGGGUCUGGUAAAACUGCAUUAGUGCUGGCACUUUGUAGACAUUUAAGGGAUUCUUACGGAGUCUGUGUUGUUACAAAUGACAUCUUUACUAGGUGAGCAAAGAAUAGGUGUAACUGCUAUCCCUGAAACAUUUAGUUCAAGUUGUUUUGGUAAAGUGACAUGCCCUAAAACACUUGCAAUGACUGCAAAUAGGCCUUUUGCAUAAUUGCAUCAUUUUACCACUACAACCAUAAUUCUUUUUGUUUUUUCUUUCAUAUUCAAAUUUGGUAACCUCAGUGACGUUUAAAUAACAAAAGAUCUAAUUUGCACAAGAAAGCAAUACCCUGAAGGAUUCUGGUUAUAGAAGUAAAAUGAUGCCAUUAUGCAAAUAGCCUAUUCCUUGAUUUUUGCUUCAAGGGAAGAUUGGGAAUUUCUAGUGAAAAAUGAAGCUUUGCCAGAGGAAAGAAUGAGGGCUGUGGAGACAGGUGGAUGUCCACAUGCUGCUAUAAGAGAGGUAUGAUGGCCUUUCACACUUCUUACAAUCACUGGCACAAUGUUUGGAAGGAAGGGGUUGAUCUUGUGGGGUGUAGCCUCGCCUAUGCCAGGUUCUCAGAUAGUAAGAGACAUGGUGAAAACAAUUUCAAUGGAAAAUAGGAUGCGCAUGAUCUGGAUAAGGGCCGUCUUCUCUCUCUCCAACCCCCGUUCAUUUUUUGUAUCAGUUUUCAUUUUCUCCGCCCAUUACUAUUUUGGAGCCUGGAACAGGCUAGGUUUACUCCUAUAUAGCUGUUGUUGAUACUGUAACUGGCAUAUUUCCAACAACCUGUGUGAUUAAGUGAUCUUUGGAGACAAAGAGAGUUGUGUAUCAUCAGUUGAUGGUAUUUAACCAUCAAUGGUUUUUAACCAUUAUUGGUCAAUUACCAGCAGGCAGCAAUGUUAGUGGUUGUCUAAGAGAGACGAUAUCACUAUAUUAUUUGCUGUAAUUAACAUGUGGAUGUUCAAUUCUAUCUUUGGUUUAAAUUUAUUUUAAUCAUACAGCCACACCCAUAAACAAAGUCAUUGUCACACAUGCCAAACCUACUGUACAAGGGAAAAUAAAAUAUUAAUGUUGAAUCAAAAAACCCCCACAAUAUUGUUUACAAACUUUGAAAGGAAGCAUAACAUUACAGGUUACACAUGAUUGUUUUGCUAGGACUUUUCAUUAAACAUGGAGGAAGUUAAAGAACUGACAAAAACAUUCCAACCGGACUUGGUGAUAAUUGAGUCAGGUGGAGACAAUCUUGCCGCUAACUACAGCAGAGAACUGGCUGACUACAUCAUCUACGUCAUUGAUGUUGCAGGUUGGUAUGUCAUGCAUAUUUAAUUUCAUGGACGAUUAAGAUGAGGCAAGGCAAUGUUUACUUCGAGACUUGUGUUAAACAAGUAUAUCAACUUCAUCCAAAUAACCUGACGUUACACCAACAGAUGAUUCGGCAAUCAUUGAGCUAUUUGGGUUCAUAGAUGUUAUAGAUUUUAAAAAGUUUUCAAGGGGCAUGUAGUCUUUGUCCUCAGGCUGUAGAAAUAGACUUGAAGAGAUUUACAGUAAACAAAUAAAUAGAAACCUACAGGCAAAGGGAAUGUGUGGAGGGGCAGUGGGUGCUUCUUUGACUCCAUCUUAACUCCGCCCAUGUGUUUAAUAAUUCAGCCAGUAUGACAUUAAUUUUGAUGACUUCAGAACAUACUUUCUGGGAAAGCUAGAGAGAGUGUGAUCCUCCCAUAAUUAUAUAGCUUACACAAUUUUUUUUUCUCUUAAUUCUGCGUGAUGUUCCCUUAUCAAGGAGGUGACAAAGUUCCUCGCAAGGGAGGCCCAGGGAUCACACAAAGUGACCUGUUGGUUGUGAACAAAACUGAUUUGGCAGAAGCUGUAGGAGCAGAUCUUAAGGUAUAUCAUUUUAAAACACUUUCACUUACAUGAUAAUCUAAAUUGUCUCUCUCCUGCACCCCCCCCCCCCCCUCCUUUAUGGGUUAGGGGAUGGACACAGCUGACAUUUCAGACUACAUCUGAGUAUAUAAUGUUGUAUAAAUGUUACAGAAAAAGAGACUUUCCUUUGAAAGAUCACAGGAUUUUUCUGCAGACUUAAAAUUCAACCUAUAGCAUGCAUCAUCAUAUAUGAGCCAGUAGGAAAAGUUUUUUUUUAACAGCAAGGGUGGGUCAGGUGGCGUUAAGUGUAAAAUAGUUCCACCUGGGACAGACCCCCUUGGUAUUCCUGAUUUCUAGAACAAAACAUUGAAAAAUCUUUUCUUUUCUCACUUUCCCUAUUAGGUCAUGGAGCGUGAAUCAGCUAUGAUGCGCCAAGGGGGACCAACCAUUUUUUCACAAGCAAAACACUUAGUUGGUGUUAAAGAGAUAGCAGAUCAUAUUUUAACUGCCUACAAAAAAGCUGUAAAGCAUAUAUAA